UCUCAACGCCCCUCCUCGCGCCGCCCGCCGCACCAUCCUUCCCUUCACCCACUCCAGCGACACGGACGCUUAGUCGUACCGUCGCCCACGCUCCCAAUGGUUCUCAUUGAGAAUCAGGUAUACCUGUGCGAGGAGGAAAAACGCCUUAAGCAGGACCGCGAGCGCACCGCUUACUGGAAGCGAUGGGGUCCCUAUGUGGCAGAGCGACAGUGGGCAACAGUCCGCGAAGACUAUUCCCAUGAUGGCGAUGCCUGGAGUCAUUUCACCCACGACAUGGCACGGUCGCGUGCCUACCGUUGGGGCGAGGACGGUAUUGCUGGUGUGUCCGACUCGCACGGCUUUCAGAACAUUGCUUUUGCUUUCUGGAACGAAAAAGAUGAUUUCCUCAAGGAGCGACUCUUUGGCCUGUCAAAUCCACAGGGUAACCACGGCGAGUCGCUCAAGGAGUGCCAUUUCCACUUGGACAACACUCCCACUCACUCGUACAUGAAAUUUCUCUACAAGCUACCCCAGCGCAAAUUCCCCUACGAAGAUCUCAUUGCGACCAAUGCGAAGCGAACACGGCUCGAGAAGGAGUACAAUCUGAUUGACACUGGCGUCUUUGACGAUGACCGAUACUGGGAUAUCUUCAUUGAGACUGCCAAGGAGGCCGACGACCCGGAAGAGCUGUGCUUUCGAGUUACAGCAUACAACCGCGGUCCAGAGCCAGCCCCACUGCACAUUGUGCCUCACUGCUGGUUCAGGAACACUUGGGCAUGGGGCCACGAGGACCCGAAGCUGAAGCCCUCCAUCACCAAGAUUGGUCCCACGACUGCGCAGUCGAAGCACCACAAGCUUGGGGACCGCUACUUCCAGCUCUCGCCGUCUCCUGGCACCGGCCCAAGCGGCGAGGACAUCCAGCCAGAGCUCCUCUUCACCGACAACGACACAAACUACGAGGGCCUGUGGAAGGUCGAGAACAAGACACCAUAUGUCAAGGAUGCUAUCCACCGCCGCAUUGUAGACGAUGAAAAGGGUGCUGUCAACCCCGCCAACACGGGCACAAAGUGCGCUGCAUGGUACGCUUUUGACGAAGGCGAGGGCGUCCAGCCUGGCGAGUGUGCUGUAGUCCGCUUCAGGCUUUCACGAAAAGACGAGGGCUAUCUCGACGAGGAGCUCUUCGACGACAUCAUCGAGCAACGCCGUGCCGAGGCGGACGAGUUCUACUACAGGAUAAGCCCUCUUCCCAUUGCAGACGACCUGCGCAACAUCCAGCGCCAAGCCUUUUCUGGUAUGAUGUGGUGCAAGCAAUACUACCACUUCAUCUGGGAUCAGUGGGCGAACGGUGACCCUAGCAUGCCGCCGCCUCCACCUGGUCGCAAGGCUAUACGAAACAAGGAGUGGAAGCACAUGCAUUUGGACGACAUUCUCUCCAUGCCCGAUUCGUGGGAGUAUCCCUUCUUUGCUGCUUGGGACAGCGCAUUCCACUGCAUUACACUUGCCAUGAUCGACCCCGACUUCGCCAAGAAGCAGCUCGAUCUCUUUACACGCGAGUGGUACAUGCACCCCAAUGGCCAACUGCCGGCUUACGAAUGGAACUUUGGCGAUGUGAAUCCUCCAGUCCACGCCUGGGCACUGUUCAGGGUGUUCAAGAUUGAGCGCAAGAUGUACGGACGUGAGGAUUUUGACUGCCUCGAGCGAGUGUUCCAGAAGCUGCUGCUCAACUUCACCUGGUGGGUGAACCGAAAAGACGCAGACGGAAAGAACAUCUUCGAGGGUGGUUUCUUGGGUCUCGACAACAUUGGUGUCUUUAACCGUUCUGACCCUCUGCCGACGGGUGGUGUCCUUGAGCAAGCUGACAGCACUGGUUGGAUGGGCUUUUACUGCCUGAACAUGUUGAACAUCUGUCUUGAGCUUGCCAAGAGACGUCGCAUCUACGAAGACAUGGCUUCCAAGUUCUUUGAGCACUUCCUCAUGAUCAGCGACGCCAUGCAGUUCCGCAGCGAGGGCGAGUCAAAACCGCUGUGGAAUGAGGAGGACGGCUUCUACUACGAUGCCAUCUCUUGGGGCGGCCCGUGGAGUCAUCAGAUGCCGGUCCGCUCUCUUGUUGGUCUGAUUCCUCUCUACUCUACCAUGACACUGGAACCAGAGAUCAUCAACCGAUUGCCAAGCUUCAAGAAGCGUGUGGAAUGGUUCAUCGCCAACCGCCCAGAGACGUCCAAACGCAACAUUCAUACGCUGUCGAAGCGCGGCCAGGGCAACCGUAUGCUGUUGUCGCUUGUCAACGAAGACCGCCUCAAGCGCAUCAUGCAGAGGAUGUUGGACGAAGACGAAUUCUUUGCGGACCAUGGCAUUCGAUCGCUCUCAAAGUACCACAAGGAACAUCCCUACUCGAUGGAUGUCAACGGCCAAAAGUAUGAGGUUGCUUACCUCCCCGGUGACUCGGACAGUGGCCUCUUUGGUGGCAACAGCAACUGGCGAGGUCCCAUCUGGCUGGCCGUCAACUUUUUGCUUAUCGAGUCGUGCCAGAGAUUCCAUCUCUACUAUGGCAACGAAUUGAAGGUUGAAUGCCCUACAGGAUCCGGCGACUACAUGCAUCUCGGCCACGUAGCAGAGGAAAUCCAACACCGUCUUCAGCAUUUGUUUGCUCGCGGAGAUGACGGCAGAAGGGCCAUCAAUGACGGCAAUGAAAUGCUCGACUUUGACCCCAACUGGAAGGAUUACAUGUGGUACCACGAGUUCUUCGACGGCGAUACUGGACGUGGCUUGGGAGCAACACAUCAGUGCGGCUGGACCGGUCUGAUUGCAAAGAUGAUUCAUGACACUGGCAUGACUUGUCGCCUCCCGCAGACACCGCGCACACCAACUGGUGCUGCCAGCCAUUACUUUGAUGAUGUUUUCACGCCUGCAGGCAAGCCAGCCAAACGCCAUCAUCUCCGCCGGUCGUCGACAAGCCGUAGCAUUGGCUUCCGAAGUGACUGGGGAGACACAUCGACCAAUGGCGAGGAAGAAGACGACGCAAACCCGGUGCAGCGCAAGAACUCUGUUGGUGUAUUGGACCAGGCUGCGCUGGAGCAAAAGAGCGCAAUGGAAGACCGCCUGCACCACUACGUCAGUGGACAGCUCCAGCGCAUCAAGACGGGCAUGCAAGACUACGAGCCGGACGAGUUUGAGGCGAUGACGGAUGGCGCCGACGAUACAGAGCGCAGCAAUGGCCAGAGCAACGGUCGUAGCAAUGGACGGCGUGACCGCAGCGACUACUUUGAGCAGGACCCAUACUUUAGCAAAUAAGGCCAUGGGGUAUGCGAAGACGUCGAGUGUAUGAUGGGCGGUGGGUGGUAAUUGGAAGUGUCAAGUUGUCAACUGGCGAGUAGCGCACUCUAGACCUAGCAUAGACCUAGAUCAAAAC